CUUACAACAGUACGAACGGCGACAUCGUUGGCGACCCGAGGUACGAAAUUUCCGGCUUCAUCAACGCCUGUGCUGCAGAAUACUCCGAAGCACGACUUCUCUCGCAAUGCGAACAGGAAGGAGGGCGUCGAUUUGAGCAACUUGAUGUCUGACUCAAUUGAAUACCUGAAGAAGAUGCUCGGAUUGACGCCGGACUGCCUAAAUGGAGGCUUGAAAACACUGCGAGGCGAAUGUGUUUGCCCGAAAUUUUAUAGAGGCGAACUGUGCGAAGAGAUUGUUUGCAUCAACAAUGGCACACUUAUCAAAGUACCGAACCUUGUUCCGGCACGAUAUGCUUGCAAGUGUCCUCAUCCAGAAUACAUUCAUGGCGCACAUUGUGAGCUGGUGAAAUGUUUGAAUGGUGGCAGACCAAUGGAUAAUGGCUAUUGUAAAUGCUUGGAUUACUGGUAUACGGGACAAUUCUGUCAGGAAUAUACAGCAUCGUGGGGUGCCGUACUUGGUUUGCCGUUGAUAUGUAUGGUGAUUAUAAUACUUUGUUGUGUUGUCUGUCGCUUGGAUCUAUUUCCCAGGAAACCUGUUCAUUCUCGAAGUACGACAGUUAUUCAUAAAUUUUUUUAUUUAAUUCCACUACUGUUAAUAAUUUUUGAAAUCUUCGUGGAUCUGAGGUUUAAUUUCUGUGAGUCUUUUCUAGGACGUCGGCGAACCGCUGCGCAGAGUGGAGUGUGUGGAGAUGCAGGUGCUCGUCGACAUCGUGGAUUAGAGGUGAGAAGAGAAAAUGCGAGAGGCAGUGAAAGUUAUCUCCGCUUGCAGGAGAAUUUGUUGAACGAGGCUGGCAACGAAUCGGCGCUGGUAUUGAGGCCAGAUAGAAGCGUCUUGCCAUCUUACAUUAUAAGGCUUGACACGAUACCAGUCUUCAACCCUCAUGUAUCUUCUAAUAUUACAAAACCGAUGGACCCACCGCCAUCUUAUGAACAGGCAGUCACAUCAUCGUCAAUUUCUCAGCCAAUAAACGAUGGAGCCGCACCAGUUCAUCCACCAGAAUAUACGCCUUAUCCGCCACCUCCACCGCCACGUUUUCGGCCUCCUGAAACGCCACGAAGUGUCUGA